AUGGGCGAGCGCAAGACCAUCCAAUUCUUCCAAGACUCCAACGUCCCUGAUCAGUCGCUGCCCUUUGCCAGUCGAGUUCGCAAUCUGGCACGCCACUCCGUCUUCAACCCCCGUCAGCAGGAAGGCGUGAAGGCAGCCUAUGUGAAGUCCUGCAAGGCGCGGGGCAUUUGCGAAAGCGUUCGCGGAGAAGCAUGGGCGACGCAGCCCACUGCUAACGACGAUGGCCGGAUGGGCCCAUACUUGCUCAUCAGCAGCGCCUCAUUGGUGGAGGCGUUCUACACAGCGCUGAACGAGGAGCCCGGCAACCCGAAUCUCAUUGCCACGCUCCGGCAUGGCAUACAGGUACGCAUUCUGAGCUCCAGAACGCCGCCGGGAAUCUGCAAGUACUUGACAAAGCUGCAUAACCGAUUCCACGGAGGAGCAUCAACCAAUUUUCUGGAGCUGAUCGGCUUCAUUCCUGACGUCGAGAACGCCUUGAACAUUUGGAAGCAAGCCAACGGCAUCACCUGGCAGACCAGAGACUACGAGUCCAAAUGCGUCUUGGAUUUGCGUAGCAGUUCUCAGUUCGUGAAGAGCCACCAGGAUUUCGGCGAAACUUUCCCGGAAUGGAAGCUGUACGAGUCCGCGCGGGCUUGCCAGCAUCUCAUGUCAAAGCGUCCUGGCUUCCUGGACACGCUGACCUCGGACAUGGCAGAGUUUGCGGACUUCACACAUGCGCGGUUGAGUAACUCGGUGGUGCUGCAGUGCCUGCAGACGGUGUUCACCUCCAUCGUGUCAACCAUCUACGACGGCAUGAGCAGCGAGGACAUGGACCUGCUCCUGUUGGAAUGCUGCAAGCUGUGCGUGCCACACCUGGCCUCUCCUGACAACUCCACAUGGGUAUUCGAUUCACUUAGCAAGCGGACGCUUGUUCAGCGCUUGUUUACAGUCAUGUCUGGGAGCGUGGUGUCAAGCGAGCCCACUUCGUGCAUGCCAGCCAAGCGCCGCAAGGGUGCCAACCAGGCGGGCGCCAAGAAGAAGCCGAAGGCCAAGGCGGCGGCGUCCAACGGAGCUGCUGAGCCAGUCCUGCCUGCUGAGUCAGACGUGACAUCCACAACUGUGGCAUGCACGCUUGGGGUUCGCAACAAGCUAUUUGUCGAUGAUUUGAUGAAGUGCGUCAACCAUUGCAUUGACCACAUGCAAGCAGAACUCACAGCCAUCCAGGCGGAGGACUUUGUGAUGGUGAAGAGGCAACUCAUCCGAAUGGGCUUGCUUUUUGCGUUCAGCGGCCAGGUCAUGGUUGAGACCUCUCGCGGCAGCAAGGUCCACAAGAAGUGGAGCUCACUGCGGCCGGCCUUGAAAGCGCACGGUGUCUUCCUACUCAGCAAGGCAAAUGCUUAA